AUGGUGGCUCCCGGGAAAGACAGCAAACGGGCCUUUGCUCAGACAUUCCCCAUACCGUUGCCUCCUUCUUUCAUCGCCGCAUUUGCUAUGCCCGUUAGAUCCUCGGACGCCCCCCUUCGAUGUCAUGCUUCCCCCAGUUCUGCUGAACCUGGAAGUUCGCCAGGCCAAAUCCAACCCUGUGACGAUUCAGCAAUCCCGCAGUCCAAACGGCAGCGAACCGAGGUCCAUGAGAGGCCUUCUGUGGAUGCAGUGAGUCGCGCAACCCCUCUGCAUGAAGCUACUGCAGAGCAAGAGGAGGAAGAAGAGGAUGCUCAGCCCGGAGGCAAGAAGGCGCAUCAAGGGACUUCAGUUGAAACCCCCAGUUUUGUCACGCGGGGGCAGCGGCGGCGUGCAGCUAGCCUGUGCAGCUCUCGCUUAAAGGAAGAUGAGCUCCCGCAAGAGCCACCAAAAGACAAACGACCCCAUGAACAGCCCCCUCAGAAGGAAGAGCAGAAGCAGCAUGUCCAGCGACAGGACACAAAGCCGAAUCCGCAGCAGUUCGCGGUUGCUGUUGCUCUGCUGCAGUCGUUGCCUAUUUGGAAGAGGCAUCCAGAGUCCAUCCCCGCACUGGUGAAGGCUGCAGCCGCUGUAGCGGCGGAAAGGCAGCGGGGAGACGGGCGAGGUUCUCCCUCUACGUUUGACAGCAUGCUAGAUGGCCCCCCCUUCAUUUCCGCCACGAUCCACUGGGAAGCUAAGCGGCAGUCCGUCUGCGUGAAGGCAUUCAAAGAUACAGGAUUCCACUGCUCGUGCCGCUACUUCCCUCUGCGUCUGUUGGAACCAGCCGAGGGGACGAGACUCGUCCCACAGCUUCUCAAAAAAAGCUCAGCUCUCCAGGCAGGAGAGCAACGCAAGCACGUAACCGAGUGCCCGAAGAGACUCUUGUUUGUUGCCUAUGUAUUCUUCCUGCAGCUCCCUCUGAGGAGAGCAGAGAGCUUGGCGCAAGGAGGUCCACGAGCUCGCCAACUGCCCUUGCUUGGUCGUUCGCUUCUCCGGGGGUGUCCACGCGAAGGCACGGGGGAGUCUGUGCGCGGAUUUAGUUCCUCCGAAGGAGGGCAACCCCAGUCGGAGUCUUGCAGGCGGGGGGUAGGCGCUCUUGGCGGAAGACACAAAUCUUCUUCUCAGGACGUCAGAAGCUCUAGAAUUGCUGCGCAGGCUCUUGCAGCUGCUGCCGUCGCGAGUGGAUGCCUCUAUGCCGCUACGACCACCCAGCAGCAGCAGCAACAACAGCGCAUGCAACAUGACUCACGCUUAGCAGCUGUUAUUCUUCUCUCUUGGUCUUUCGAACGCCUCCUCCAGAGCAAGGGAGCUCCUUUAAAAGAGGCGUUCAACGCAAGCAGCCUCCAGGAACCGCCACAAAGCGGAGUGUCUCAGCAGCAGCAGCAACAGCAAACCGCAACACAACCGCCUGGGCUGUGCGAGAAGGAACCCCUUCAGCUCGAAGAGGCAGCAGCGCUUGCGAAUAUAUCACCUUCAUCCGCAAGAAAAGGCAGCGGCACAGAUUCGCUAACUUGCAGGCUGUGCGGAUAUCAGAGCCAUAGGAAUUCUGUGGAGAUGUCCCUAUUUGAGCUGGAUGCUUCUGCAACUUCUGCCGUCGCCUCCAGCAGGCCUUCCUGUAAGGACCUCGCAUGCGCCAUCAGACGCUUGAAUCGCGAGGCACUCGCUGUGGGUAGCACUCCCCAGCUUGAGGCUCAGCAGCUCCAGCAGGUGCCACUGCUGGAUCAUGCAUUUGUUACCGCUUGCACGAAAGAAACGUCGCGGCUUCUGCUGCAGCUGGAAGGUCUCAUCCCCAUACACUCCAAAGUGCCGGUAUCAGAACAAAGGAAGCUGCUGCUUGCUCUCGCUGCCGAGGAGCCUGCUAAAUGUUUUCAAGAAGCCCCCACUGCAGAUAUCAGCACUCCAAAGCAGCACACACCCGGAACGCCUCAGGGGCACCAGGGGCAGCAACAGCAGCAGCCAUCGCCCCCUGCGACUGCCGCACGGGGAGAGGUAACAUCAACUCGGCUACUGCACGAACAAGAAGUGUCCCUUCAGCGGCUGCUGGAAACGCAGCUGCUGCAGCAGCCACCUAGGGCGUCUUAUGUCCCAGUGUUAAGGUGCCUGGGGGCAGUUCGGAGUCCACUGGCCUUAUGCCAUGCCGCAGCACCGACAGAGGAGGCCACUGCGUUUCUGGUGAGUCACCUCAAGGCGGCUGUAGAAAGCAAAUUGCUCAUCCCGUCGGUCUGCAAGACGCUGGCUGCAGCGCAGCUGUGGGCCCCCCCCCCUGACAAAGCAGCAGCAGCAGCAGCAGCACCGCGGCCUCCUGCUACCUGUACGCUUGUGCCUGUGGGAGGUCAUGUUCCUGUUUCUCUGAGCGACACGCGCACGAGGUCGCCGUUUCAAGCGGCCAUGCGGCGGUUGAGCUGGUAUGAGGCUCUUUGCCUCGUGCCUCAACGGCUGUGCAGCCUCCCCAUAGAAGACUGUUCUCUUGCUGCUGCCGCGUCAGCACGUCAAGCAGCAAACCACGAGGGAUCAUUUCCGCAGGAGGAGGUCUUGCAUCUCCUUGCCCUGGUGCUGCCUCCCAUGGGGGGAAGCCUCUUGCCAGCGGAUCGGCUGGAAAGGGUGGUCCUCGGGCCGAAGAGUGACUCUGCUCAUCCUCAUAUCUCUCGCCUUCUGGGGUUUGCAUGCCGCGCAAUGCCCCGGAGUCUCAAUACUCUGACGCUGGCGCUGCAGCAGCCACCGGCUGCGGCUUGGAAGCUGCGGGAGUUCCUCACAGUCCAUACAAGGCCGCUGGUGCUGGAUCUUCUCCUCCCCAAGUUCAGUGUCACCAAUGAAGCGGAGGAGGCAGCAAUGGAAGAAGCAGCCCGAGUGGCAGAUCCCUUUCUGGCUGCCGCAGCUCGGGGUAAUCCGGUUUGUGGUGGAUUACAAACGCCUGCCAGGACAGAGAGGUCGGAGGCAAUCACAGAGUGGAUGCUGCAGUAUCGCGUUUUUGAAUUUCUCUCUACGGCUUUGCUGGAAUUCCUCAAGGCGUGGGAAGAGGUUGAAGUAUCCGUGCCAGACGACGGGCAAGCACACCACGAGACAGUAGAGGACCGCGUUGGGGAGGCGAUACCUUUGGAGUCUGCUGCGGGUGGGGAGGCCGACGUCGACGCUGGUCUGUUAGCGGCUGUCUGCAUGAAGCAUCCCUCAGUGCUGCGCGAGUGCCUCGCCUUUGGAGGCCUCCCUCGAGGGUGCGACGAUACGCAAACCGGCCUUACUGUGCAGGCUACCCCGUUUGGAGCGCAUGUCUUUCGGGGGACCCCCCUGAUGGCUCGCCACCAACUCCACCAGCUCGCGGCGGCCUUCUCGGAGAACUCCAAUGCGGCAUCGGACAGCAGAGGAGCUGCAGAAGGCCCCGCAGUCGGCGUGCCUGCGCAGGCAACGUCGACCUUAACCGCCCCGUCAGGAGCCACCUAUUUCGCGGGGACUCAUUCAAACGCCACCGCUCCGGAGAAUUCUAAAAAAAGCCUCACAUUGGCUGCAGCCUUUGCGGGCCUUGCAGGAGGAGGCGCGUCGGAUCCGGGAUCGUCGAGGGGCCGUGUGCGAGGCUCUGCGGCGGAAGAAGAGCCUGUUCCUUGGCGUAGCGUUGAUCUUUUCGCGUGGAGUCUUCUCGAUGAAAAUGGGGCCUCCGCAGAGGUGUCACUCGAGCAGCGUCUCUCUAAGACAUCCGCGCGCAAGAAAGCGGCACCGAGAGCAACGUCACCCGCAGAUUCGCCUGUCUCACGAGGAACGAAUGUAGGCCUUCCUGCCACCACCAAGCACACAGCAGCACCAUCGGAGGUAACGACAGCCACUGGGGUGCUCCACCCUAGUGGAGCAGUAGGCAACGACUUCACAGGUCCUCCCUUACAUGGUGACAGCAGCAGCAGAGUACUGGCUGCUAUGUGGCAGGCAGCGAGCUGCCCUGUUCUGGAUGUGGCUGCUGGAGAGGCACAGCACCGCCGUAUUUCCCCCUUCUUCGGCUUGGUGUUGGAGGAAAGCGGCUGUUUGCCAGAGCCAGCGGAUCUUCAGCAGCGCCGAAACGAACUGUUUUUUCUUUUCGAUGCCAUGGACCGCCUAAAAACGGCCCAAAUCCAUGAAAGUUCUCUCAAAGCUACCCAGCUUGCGGCGCGGCAGAAGCAGCUGCGGAUAGCCAAGUCGGCAGUCCACGGGUGGGGCGUCUUUGCAGCAGAAACUAUAAGACGGGGGGAGUUCAUUGUGGAGUACGCAGGGAAUGCUGUCUCAGAGGCGAAGGCAAACUUCCUGGAAGCCCAGUACGUACAAAGCAUGGGGGGAAGUACCUACUUCUUUAAGCUUCGAGACGGCUCCAUUGUGGACGCCACGACUUGUGGGAGCGUCACGCGCUUCAUUAAUCAUUCGUGUGCUCCGAACUGCUGCACUGUUGACAUUCUGGACGAGGACGAAGAAGACGGAGGAAGCCACGUGGGGCUCAUCGCGUUAAGGGACAUUGCCAUCGGCGAGGAGCUUUCGUACAACUAUAGUUUGUCAGAAAGUUCUCUGGGUCACGAGGUAUGCUGUUGUGGAGCGCCAAACUGCCGCGGGGUGAUGUGA